UGAGGCGGGGCCGGCGCCGGCGUGCCGCUUUCUGAUUGGUGGGCUUCUGGAUCCUCCCCGAGAGAAGGGCAAGGCCACGUUAAAAGAUCGCUGUUCCGAGCUGCCGAGGUUAGAGGCUUGAGUCUGAGACAUAGAGCGUAUCAUGUUGAAGAUGAGCCGGUGGCAGCGACAGAGCCAAAAUCAGAGCCGGAACCUGAGGAGAGAGUGUUCCAGAAGGAAGUGUAUCUUCAUACAUCAUCACACCUGAAAGCAGAGCCUGGGUCAGCCACAGAGAUGGCAGCUGAGCCACUGCCUUUCUCCUUCGGGACACUGUCCAGCUGGGAGCUGGAAGCCUGGUAUGAGGACCUGCAGGAGGUGCUGUUCUCAGAUGAAAAUGGGGGUACCUAUGUCUCACCCCCUGGAAACGAGGAGGAAGAAUCAAAAACCUUCACCACUCUUGACCCCGCCUCUCUGGCGUGGCUGACCCAGGAACCAGGGCCAGCAGAGGUCACGAGCACCUCCCAGAGCCCUCGCUCUCCAGAUUCCAGUCAGAGCUCCCUGGCUCAGGAGGAAGAAGAGGAAGACCAAGUAAGACCUAGGAAACGGAAACAGAGUGGCCAGUCCCCAGCCCGGGCUGGAAAGCAACGCAUGAAGGAGAAAGAACAAGAGAAUGAAAGGAAAGUGGCGAAGCUAGCUGAAGAGAACGAACGGCUCAAGCAGGAAAUCGAGCGCCUGACCAGGGAAGUGGAGGCGACUCGCCAGGCUUUGAUUGACCGAAUGGUUAAUCUGCACCAAGCAUGAACAAUGGGGACCAUCACUUUCCCCUUGGGCCACUCCUCAGGCCACUAUCGACCUUUCCCAGAAGUGGCUACUGAACGCCUUCUCAUCAGUGCCAAUGAUGUGACCAUUAACCCCAUCUAUUCAGUCGGGGGAAAGCUUGGGAUAGACAACAGUGUGUAUAUAGAGAUUGUACAUUUAUUUAUUACUGUCUAUAGCCAUUAAAGUGACUUUCUAUGCA